AUGUCCGUCCACGCAGAGGAAGGAACUACUAUUAUCUCUCUCGGCGAAAAUAACUUCCUCACCGAACACGAUGGUCACGCUGUAGUUGGGCUGAGCACAGAGACAAAGUGGCGCAUCAAGGCCUACCAACCCUCUGACGACAGUCCCCCAUUUUUCAUGAUCCUCCUGAAUAGCGAGGGCCCAGAAGAACUGUGUUUGGCCCUGGAUACCAACGAGGGGGACAACGAGAACAACGUUAUGCUAGAGCUACUUGAGACGCCGAGGCCAAAGACGUGUCAGUUAUGGACCUUUGAGGAGAAGGCGGUAAUGGAACGAUUGCCUCCGAUCAUGAAAGCCCGUAUACAGAGCGCUGCUAGGCCUUGGCUCUCGGCCGCCAUUGGUGGAGACGUGCCUUUACCAAGGCUUUAUCAAAACAUCGCAGCUGUCCCGAAUGACACCGGGUCGCAAGCCCAGAAGUGGAAGCUUGAUUACGUGGCCGUUAAUGAAUGA